ACUCACAAUUUUGCGGUGGGACCUCGUAAGAGGGUCGAUAAGCUAAAUCUCUUGCUAGGGAAGCAUCAGCGAAGAAAAGAGUCUGCUUGUUUGCAAGUGCAGAGUUUUGUUUUUAAUUGAAAGUGCAUUUACAACACUUUAACAUAGGAGAUUUUAUUGCACAGUAUUUGCAAGCCCAUUCUGCUGUAAGGUGUUUACUACAAUCCACAAGCUCCUCAUCUUCCAAAACUUUUGGAUAGGCGCAAACAGCUGGCAUCUGGAGUCUUCUGUGCCCAUUGGAUAUACAGUAGCGAGGCAACAUGCGUUGGAUUUCGAUUCUGGAUAUCGUUGUGUUUUCCUUGAUCGUCUUUUCCCACCAGCUGGGAUUAGCUCACGGUUUCGGAGACGAGGAAGAAGUACAGUGUGACCCAAUCAGGAUUUCCAUGUGCCAGGAUUUGGGAUACAAUGUGACAAAGAUGCCCAAUUUAGUUGGGAACGUGCUUCAGUCUGACGCGGAACUUCAACUGACUACAUUUACUCCCCUUAUUCAGUACGGGUGUUCAAGUCAGUUAAAGUUUUUCUUGUGCUCAGUCUAUGUGCCCAUGUGCACAGACAAGGUAAACAUCCCCAUCGGGCCCUGUGGAAGCAUGUGCCUUUCAGUGAAGCGCAAAUGUUUGCCUGUCUUAACUGAGUUCGGUUUUGUUUGGCCUGAGCCACUCAACUGCAGCCACUUUCCACCUCAGAAUGACCAAAACCACAUGUGCAUGGAGGGCCCCGGAGAUGAGGAACCCCCCUACCACACCAUCAAAACCUUACAGCCCAUGGAGGAGGAAUGCCACAGUUUGGGAGCAAACCCGGACCAAUAUGUCUGGGUGAAAAGGAGCCUGAACUGCGUUUUAAAGUGCGGCUACGAUGCUGGCCUCUACCGAAGGCAGGCCAAGGUAUUCACAGAUAUCUGGAUGGCAGCAUGGGCCAUCUUGUGCUUUGUGUCAACCACUUUCACUGUCCUGACAUUCCUCAUUGAUUCCUCUAGGUUCUCCUACCCAGAGAGACCUAUCAUCUUUCUGAGCAUGUGCUACAAUAUUUAUAGCAUUGCUUACAUUGUGAGACUGACAGUAGGGAGGGAGAGGAUAUCCUGCGAUUUUGAGGAGGCUGCAGAACCAGUGCUCAUCCAAGAAGGGCUGAAAAACACAGGAUGCGCCAUCGUUUUCCUGCUCAUGUACUUUUUUGGCAUGGCAAGCUCCAUCUGGUGGGUGAUCCUCACUCUUACAUGGUUCCUGGCUGCAGGUCUGAAGUGGGGACAUGAAGCCAUUGAGAUGCACAGCUCCUACUUCCACAUUGCAGCCUGGGCCAUCCCAGCUGUUAAGACCAUUGUCAUUUUAAUCAUGAGGCUGGUUGACGCUGAUGAUCUGACUGGGCUGUGCUAUGUUGGGAACCAACACAUUGAUGCCCUCACAGGUUUUGUGGUGGCACCCUUGUUCACCUACCUUGUGAUAGGAACCCUGUUCAUUGGUGCCGGCUUGGUAGCUCUCUUCAAAAUCAGGUCAAACCUGCAGAAGGACGGAACUAAAACAGACAAACUUGAGAGGCUUAUGGUAAAAAUUGGAGUGUUCUCAGUUUUAUACACAGUGCCAGCCACCUGCGUUAUAGCUUGCUACUUCUAUGAGAUUUCCAGCUGGAGUGACUUCAAACACUCCGCAAGGAACUCCUAUAUGGCUGUGGAGAUGUUAAAAAUUUUCAUGUCUCUUCUGGUGGGCAUAACCUCGGGCAUGUGGAUCUGGUCUGCCAAGACAUUGCAUACAUGGCAGAAAUGCUCCAGCAGGCUGGUGAGCUCAGGGAGGACAAAACGGGACAAAAGGGCAGACAGCUGGAUUAAGCCAGUAAAGGGAAAUGAGACAGUGGUGUGAAAGCCGUGAGGCCAGGGACAGCCUUUUGUAUAGGGCUCAAAAAAGCAAUCUUUUAGCCUGAUUAGGUUAAAACGUGGGUUGGCCCACUCUCAUGUUGAAUGAAGACAAAGACUAAGAUGCAGAGGUCACUGCUCUGAAAAAGAAAAUAUCAUGCUAUAUAAACUACAACUAGUAGAAGUCCAAGUUGAUGCCCCUCAUGAUAUUGUAGCCUUAAUCUGUGAGGGAGGAUGUUGACCCUUUUUGUGUAAGGGGACAAAAUCGGAGUAGAUUUCACAGGCUUUUCCUUCGUGCUGUCAGUUUUUUAAUCUGCACAUCAGGCUGUGAAAGACUGGUUUCUACAUGUUUGUGAAUGGCACUGUGCGGGCCAUCAGUAACGUUUUCAGGGUUUUAACAGUGGAUACCUGUAACAGUAAAGGAAUCCUAUUUAUGUAGCAAGUUACAAUGUAUUUGAUAUGCAUUUAAAAUAAAUUACACUGGACGUUUAACAGUGCAGAUGUUAUACAAAUAUAUGGAGUGUACCUACACUGAAAUGCACUACAAAGAGAUUCUAUUUGAGCUUGUUCUACAGACCCUGGGUUUAUGCUUCAAACAAAAGUCAGAUUCAAUUAAAUAUUUGUGCUGCUUUAUUAACUGUGGUAUUUUUUAGGUCUACUGCAGCAAUUAUACAAGUUUCCGAAAGGGAUUCCAGUUCAGUUCCAACAUUUGUCCCUCACCAAAAUGCAAAAUGAACUAAUAAAAAAGAGGACUAAGCACUUUUAAUUUAAUUAUCGCAAUUUAUCAGUGGUCAUAAGUGGUAAUUUUUUUUAAACCUAUUGUGGUUUUGGGAAAUGUGCAUCGAACUUUAACAUUUAAUCUUUAAAAGCUUGUAAUGUCUAAUGGCCCCAAAUGCCAUUUUAUACAACAUAUUUCUUUUUAGAAUAGUGCCUUUCAUAUCCUUAGGCACACACAUGCAAAAUGUGAUCUUUCAGCUUUUCGUUGAUACUCAUUUCGUUAUUCGGCACAAGAUUUUCUCUUGAUGUGGAGAAAAUAAUCGGUUGUCAGUAUCUAAGCAGUGUACUGACUUUAUCCUCAAGGAAUGUUUAUCAUUUGACAUACUGGGCGAAAAUACAAGUUAUGUAUUAUAUCAAACCAAAACCAUAAUAGAUAAUGAAUUUUUCUCAACAGAACAUGAUGCCAAGUUUUGAAUUGUCCAUUUAAGACAUAUUUUCAAUGACUUUUUCAAAGCUGAAAGUUGGACAGUGUAUUCAAAGUAUAAAACACAGUACUUUUCUCUUUUCCUUCAGAAUAUGUAUUAUUUUCCUCAGAUUUAAGGCACAACAGAAACAUUUGGGUACAUGCAGUACCUAGCCAAGUCAGCCAGGACACCACAUAGUACUUUGAAAUAUUUUUUAAAACAACAGGUUCUUGUUUUUUUAAUGUAUAUUAUGAAAAUUCUAAUUUAUCUUUGU